CUCUCUCUCUCUCUCUCGUUCUCUCUUUCUCUCUCUCUCUCUACGGUCGGAUAUUCGCUCGCUCUCACAUUUCGGCCAUAUUGGAUACCGUGAGCCGUUUCAGACCUCAGUGUCACAGUAACAUUGGUAAAGGAUAGAUCGCGCUCUCAACGCACGCCAGGAAAAAUGCUUCGUUCGACGCUAUGUGGCGUCGCGGUGCUCCUGAUUACGUCACUGGUAGACGCCGCUCCGUACAACAAAUUUGGAAGAACGUGCAAGGACAUCGGCUGCCGGAGCAACGAAGAGUGCGUCAUGGAAAAUAAAGACUGCGGAUACAACGAUAGGCAGGGUGAUACUUGCGGACGAUUCCCAACGUGUAAACGGUCGUCUGGUUCAAGCGAAAGCUGCACCUCACUCGUUUGUCCGGCUGGUCAAUAUUGCAGGACAGAAAAUGGCAGACCAACCUGCGUAAGCACGCUGGGAGGACAAGAGGAUGAAAUUCUUGCAGAAGAUGGCACUGGGGAAGUUAACAGCAUCUCGAAACGCCAGAGUGGAUCUGCAUCGGCGGACUCUGGAUCCAGCUCCGGUUAUCCACGCCAGUCUUCAGCCUCAGGCUACCCUUCUGGAUCCGGCUAUCCAUCUUCCAGUUCCUCCGGGUAUCCUAGCUCUGGAUCCUCCGGAUACCCUUCCGCACAAUCGGGAGCCACAAGAACCUCUGGCAGCAAUGCAAACUUGGGUUAUCCCAGUUACGGUUCCUCCGGUUAUCCCAGUUCCAGUUCAUCUGGGUAUCCUAGCUCGGGUUCCUCAGGUUAUCCUAGGUCGGGUUCUUCAGGUUAUCCUAGCUCGGGUUCUUCAGGUUAUCCUAGCUCGGGUUCCUCAGGUUAUCCUAGCUCGGGUUCCUCAGGUUAUCCCAGCUCUGGAUCCUCUGGUUAUCCCAGUUCCAGUUCCUCCGGUUAUCCUAGUUCAGGUUCUUCCGGUUAUCCAGGAUCCGGUUCGUCGGGAUAUCCUGGCGGUGACACAGCGGUGAGAAGAACGUCAGGCAGCAACGUUAACAGCGGGUAUCCGUCCGGCGGAUAUCCCAACAAUCCAGGACCCUUGCCUUCCCAAGGCCAAGGAUACAAUUCCAACUAUCCCAAUCAGGGUUACAGACCACCGGGUCCCGGGCGACCAGGUUAUGGCCAACCAGGAUAUGGUCAACCGGGUUACGGACAGCCGGGUUACGGACAGCCGGGUUACGGACAGCCAGGCUAUGGACAACCGGGUUAUGGCCAGCCAGGUUACGGACAACCGGGCUACGGGCAGCCUGGCUAUGGACAGCCGGGUUACGGUCAGCCAGCUCCACAGUCGAACGGGUUUACCGACAAGAUAACAAACUUUGCCAAAAAUUUGGCACAAAGAGUUUUCACGCAAGCCAUAGUCGAUCGGGUGACUGGAAGGCAGUAAGGAAUUUUGUUAAGCUUCGGCGCUGAAAUUUGUGCCUUUUAUAAAUUUCUAUUCAUAAUUAUAUCAAAAGUCUGCAAUUAGGUUUAAUCGAAACGUAAAUAUUCGAUGUUAUACGAUGCUAAUUUCUUCAAGUCAGAAUAUUGCUAUUUAACGUUUUACUAACUGUUUUGUUGUCCAGCUAAUAUUAUUUUUAGGCAGUUUAACCUUCGAUCUUGAGUAAUAAAAUACAUUGUGCAAUGCUGA